AUGCCGCCUUUUCGUCAUAUACUUUCACAACCUGUUGUAGAUACCAAUAAUACUGAGAAUACUAAAAACACCCGAACAAAUAUGCAAACUUCUUUGAAUAAACCACAAGAUUCUUCAGCUAUUCGUCAUGCUUUAAAACCUCCUUGUGUUUGUUCUUAUUGUGAUGCCAAGCUUUUUUCAGGUGAAACUGGAGGAAUAUGUUGUGUUAGUGGGAAAAUUAAAUUGGCUUCAACUGAACAUGCUGCACCUUUAAGUGAUUUAUUUAUAAGACUUGACAAAAUGGGAAAUGAAUUCCGUGUUAAUAUUUGUGCUUAUAAUAGUGUUUUUGCUUUCAUGUCUAUGGGAGAUGGAGUAUAUACAUUUCGGGUUCAUGGUGGAAUAUAUCACUCUAUAGAGUCUCUUCUUCCAGAUAAUGAAACACCAAAAUUUCUUCAGUUAUAUAUUAAUGAUACUGAAAAUGAAACAGAAAACAGGCUUACUAUAAUGCGAAUCAUGGCAUGGAUCAACAAAUAUAUAACACUCCAACAGCUUCGCAAGUUGCUGUAUAUUGUUGAUAACUAUGUUAAAAUUGAGUUUGAGCGACUUAAUUAUUUACGAUUGAAUCAAGAUAAACUUUGUAGAGAGCUUUACCAAGGCUUGCAUGAUUCUUACCACUCAGGAGUAACAGAUGCAUCAAAAGUUGGUGCUUGGACAAUUUUGCCUUCAUCUUUUAUAGAAAGUCCACGUGAUCUAUAUCAACAAUAUCAAGAUUCGAUGGCAUUAGUUCAAACGUUUGGCAUGCCUGAUUUAUUCAUUACGGUUACUUGCAAUCCCAAGGAAUAUUUUUGA